GCCACUCAGCUGCGGCUCUGAUCCAAAGAAGAAGAAGAAACCCGGAAGUGGGUGAAGCCGCUGACCCGCAGCAGCAGCAGCGGAUAGUCAUCAGACCGAGCUCAGGUGAACUUUAGCAGGAGCUUCUUCUCCAACAUGGCUGACCUCUGGCAGAACGCCAUGGACUACGCCGUCGCCAUUGCACGAAAAGCUGGAGAGGUGGUGCGUGACGCUCUGCGUGACGACAUGAAGGUCAUGACUAAGAGUUCGUCAGUCGAUUUGGUGACACAAACUGACCAGAAGGUCGAGCAACUCAUCAUCCAAUCAGUGAAGGAGAAAUUCCCUACACACAGGUUCAUAGGGGAGGAGUCAGUGGCUGCAGGUGAAGCUUGUGACCUCACAGACAGUCCCACAUGGAUCAUCGACCCCAUCGAUGGGACCACCAACUUUGUUCAUGCAUUUCCUUUUGUUGCUGUUUCCAUUGGGUUCUCUGUCAACAAACAGAGUGAGUUUGGUGUGGUCUACAGUUGUCUUGAAGACAAGAUGUUUACAGCAAGGAGGGGCAAGGGAGCGUUUUGUAAUGGAGAGCCAUUGAAGGUUUCUGAUCAGGAAGACAUCAAACAGUCAAUUAUCGCCACAGAGUUUGGAUCCAGCAGAGAACCUGAAGCUGUUGACAAAAUCUUCUCCAGUCUGAGAAACAUCCUUUGCAUCCCUGUACAUGGUGUGCGUGGUGCAGGAAGUGCAGCAAUCAACAUGUGUCUGGUUGCGUCAGGUUGUGUGGAAGCGUAUUAUGAGAUCGGGAUCCAUAUUUGGGAUGUUGCUGCUGGCUCGUUGAUCGUCUCCGAGGCCGGAGGAGUCCUGAUGGAUGUGGAAGGAGGAGGGGUGGACCUGAUGUCCCGGAGAAUCGUUGCUGCCAACAGGAGAGCCAUUGCUGAAAGGAUUGUCAAAGAGAUUGACUCCUUCAGUCCGCCCAGAGAUGAUACUCCACCAUCAAAACAGUGAUGAACUAGAAUUCAUUGUGGAUUAAGCAACAGAUUUCAUGUGUCUGUGUGAGGAUGAUGUUUAAUUUAGCUUUUAAAGUUUGUCAUAAAUAAAGUUUGUCAAAAACA